AUCAGUGAAAACUGUCAGUGAUACUUCUCCCAAUAACAGCGUAAAACCUCGACUGUUCAAAGACUAACAUUUGAGGAAUUCUGCUUCACUGAGUAUAUUUUAAAAUCCUCGACGAAAGGAAAAGAUGUCAGGCAAAGAGCGGAUCGACGUUUUCCCUUCGAGAAUGGCUCAAACCAUCAUGAAGGCACGUCUGAAAGGAGCUCAGACUGGACGCAACUUGCUGAAGAAGAAGGCAGAUGCGCUGUCCAUGCGUUUCCGGCAGAUUCUGAGGAAAAUCAUCGAGACUAAGACGUUGAUGGGGGAGGUGAUGAGGGAAGCAGCCUUCUCCUUAGCUGAAGCCAAAUUUGCUGCUGGUGACUUUAGCACUACAGUCAUCCAGAAUGUGAACAAGGCCCAGGUGAAGGUCAGGGCAAAGAAGGACAAUGUCGCAGGUGUGACCCUGCCUGUGUUUGAGCACUACCAGGAAGGAGGAGACAGUUAUGAGCUGACGGGUUUAGCGAGAGGUGGAGAGCAGUUGUCCAGGCUGAAGAGGAACUAUGCUAAAGCUGUGGAGCUGCUGGUGGAGUUAGCCUCCCUGCAGACCUCCUUCGUCACCUUGGAUGAAGCCAUCAAGAUCACCAACCGUCGUGUGAAUGCCAUCGAGCACGUGAUUAUCCCGAGGAUCGAGCGAACCCUCACGUACAUCAUCACUGAGCUGGAUGAGAGAGAAAGAGAAGAGUUCUAUAGGUUGAAGAAGAUCCAGGAGAAGAAGAAGCAGCUGAGGGAGAGGACGGAGCUGGAAAUAGCGCAGCGCCUGGCCAAGCUCGGCCCCAUCAGCGAACCGGCCAACAUGGUCGAUAUGGAGAAAGACGAAGACCUGCUGUUCGAAUGAGCCUGGUUCAGGCUUCAACUCCCAGUACACACGUUAUUUAUUCUGCGUGCCUACCAGAUCAAGCACGAUAUAUUAUGUGAAAGGAAAGAAAUCACCAUUGUUUUGUGUAUAUGUUGGUGCUUAUUUUGUUUUCAGUUUUGCC